AAAGGCUAUAACACCUUUAUGGGAUGCAGCUUAUCAAGGGUGGACAGAUGCUAUUGAAUGCUGAAGCUGAUCCCAAUUUCACUAACAAUGCAGGUAUGACACCAGUUGAAAUUGCAGCCUUGAAAGGUUAUCUUCAGGCUGUUAUGAUUCUAUUUCCCGUGACCAAACCCAUUCCUACUAUUCCAGAUUGGAGCGUGGUUGGAUUAACUGAGCAUGUUCACUCUGAUGAGGCUGAAGAGGAGGCAUCCUAUUGCAAAAAAGAUGCAGCUGUACCAUCCAACCAAAGCUUGUGUUGGGCUCGCUUGAAUGAAGGAGGCCUUGCAUUAGAAAUAGCUCAACUUUGCAGCUUAAUACGGCCUGAGUGGCCAAAGGCAUACUAUAGGCAGGGUGCAGCUCUGAUGUUGUUGAAAGAUUUUGGAAAUGCUGCCGAUGCUUUUUAUAAGGCUUGGAAGAUGGCUCUUGAUAACAAGGAUAUUGAACAUGCAUUUAGAUUUGCUUACAGUUCUAAUUGGUCAGCUGCCCCUGACUUUGGUUUGAAGAAUGUCUAUCCCGAUCUUAAUGCACUUUGUGACGAGCAUGAUGAAACGGGAUGGGAUGCAUCAUAUUGCAAGUAUGGAGAUGCAGCUGUAGUAUCUAACCAAAGCUUGUGUUGGCCCCGCUUGAAUGAAGGAGGGCUUGCAUUAGAAUUGGCUGAACUUUGCUGCUGCAUAUGGCCUGACUGGCCUAAGGCAUGCUAUAGGCAGGGUGGGGCUCUGAUUGUUAAAAGGGAUUUGCCUUCUCAGACUGGCUGCAAGAACCUGCAUUGUGUACGAUGCUUUCACAAGGCAAUUGGGUGAAACUUCAGCAUUCAUUCAAUGCAAUUGUUAUGCAGUAGCUCUUAAACUGUUGCUUUCCUAUGCCUUGUGUCAUUUGCUUUUGUUUGUUUGUAACGUAGGAGUACCCUUGUACUCCAAUUAAUAAAUGACUGUUCAAAAA